CCUCACUUCCACCACACAUCCCCGGAAACGCCAACAAGCAGAGAGAUGCAAAGAACUACACCAACGACGAACCCAGCCGUGUUUCAUAUUAUCGUAUUGUAACAACGUGAUAGAACCUACCUCUUUUCCCGUGACGUUACAUCCGGGAAAUCCCCAUUCUCGUCCACCAUCUUCAAACAAGGCUGAAAGUCGACACACUGAGCCUUCUCUUCUUAAUACCACUCUCAACACACAAACUCAAAACAUCGAGACUGGAAAUAGCCUCAAAAUGGCACCCCACGCCAACACCGACGACGUAGACCACGACAUCGUCCGUCUCCCCGGCCCAGAACGCCCCCCAUUCUCGACCUCUCCCCCUCGUCUCCUCAUCAUCGGAGCCGGAAACCGAGGAAAUGCCUACGCGAACGCAAUCCAGGAGUCCACGAACGGGAUCCUCGUCUCGGUCGUAGAACCCAUCGAAGUGAAGCGUCGCCUCUUAGGACGGAAAUACAUCUGGGGCAAAGGCACUCCGUCAGAAGGCCAAGAAUUUAGAGAUUGGAAAGAAUUCGUAGCCUGGGAAUUGGAGAGGAGGAAGAGGGCGGAGAAUGGGGAGGAAGUGCCAGAGGGUGUAGAUGGUGUGUUUGUUUGUGUGCAGGACCAGAUGCAUAGGGAGGUUGUGGUGGGGUUGGCGCCACUGGAGUUGCAUGUUAUGUGUGAGAAGCCGCUUGCGACGAGUUUGGAUGAUUGCGUGGCAAUGUAUCGAUCGCUGGUUUCGGGUCCGGAGGCGAAGCAGAAGAAGAUUGUGUCGAUUGGACAUGUAUUGAGGUAUAGUCCGCAUAAUAUGCUGUUGCGGAAGUUACUGGUUGAGGAGAAAGUUAUUGGUGAUGUGAUGAGUGUCAAUCACACUGAGCCUGUUGGGUGGUGGCAUUUUACUCAUAGUUACGUUCGGGGCAACUGGCGAAAAGAAUCAACAUCCGCACCAAGCUUGCUCGCCAAGUCAUGUCAUGACAUGGAUAUCCUCCUCUGGCUCCUCUGUUCUCCACCACCCAAUUCAUCAAAACCAGCUCACCAACCAAGUACAAUCAGCUCAGCCGGAUCCCUGCAGUACUUCCACCAAGGACGAAAGCCAACAGAGGCCGGCAACGCCACGAACUGCCUCUCUUGCGCCUACGAACCAUCAUGUCAAUUCUCAGCCAAGCGAAUCUACGUCGGAAGCCAAAUGGGCAGUCGCCAAGAACACUUCGUCAGUAUCGUUCUCCCAGAGAUCGAAGACUGUGUCGCAGCAGGCGGCGAAGAAGCUGGUGAAAAGGCACUUCUUGAAAGGCUAAGUGAAGACUACAACGCCUCGACACCAGCAAGUGAAGUCAGCAGUAAGAACUGGUACGGCCGCUGUGUAUACGAAGCCGAUAACGACGUCUGCGACAAUCAAACCGUGACUCUAACCUGGGACAACGACCCAAUAACCUCUGGAGGCGAAACCCCCGUUCAAGCAUUAACAGGACGAGGGGCCAAGAUAGCGACGCUGCACAUGGUUGCAUUCUCACAGAAAAUCUGUCAGCGAUUCACGAAUAUAUACGGCGUACACGGUGAGAUCUACGCCGAUUCGGACUCGAUCACAGUCCAAGAUUUCCGCACCGGACAGAAGAAAGUUCAUUAUCCUUCCGUGCCGAAAGAUGGUGGCCAUGGAGACGGAGAUCAUGGGUUGUCGAGACAGUUUGUGUUGGCGAUUGAUCGGGUGAAGAAUCAUGGGGAGGAGUUGGAGGAGGCGCAGAGGAUGUAUAUUGGGUGUGGGGUUGAGGAGAUAAUUAGGAGUCAUGCGGCUGUAUUUGCGGCGGAGGAGGCGAGGAAGGGGAGGGUGGUGGUGGAUUUUAAGAGUUGGUGGGAGAGGGAGGUUGAGGGGAGGUUGAAGUCUAGGUAGAGCUGCGGGAUCUCAGUUGUUGAAUAGGUACUAUCUAAGUUCAGUCACCAUGAGAGCCGCUCGGAUGGCGGCGAAGUCACUUGGUACCUGGUCACGUGCAUGUACCCCCUUCGACUUCACUGCACUGAAUUAGGACAGUGUUUCCUGAAUUCAUAAUUAUUAAUUGAUCACGCUCUUGUGACCCCGGAAUCUUGAUUUUAAAUCCAGAUUGGGGACCCUGAAAACGGCACGUCAAGCGACCACCCAAUCAGCCCC